GGGAGAAUGUAAAUUUGACUAUAAUCACAAUUUGACAUAUAGAGAAUAAGACUCCGUCCCCGGUACUUACAGAGGCUUCUGUUGAGUAAUCUCUUAUCGCAGUUACCGGGAUUCGAACCUGACCUAACCCUUUUGUCACUCCCUCGCUACCCGUCGAGGGUUAAUUUCGUCCAUUCACAAUCAGAUAUUUCCUCAAGAAGUACUAAACCCGUGUGUGACUAGUAUUAGAAGAUACGAGUCCUAGGGAAUAGGUAUAUACGCGGAGUCCAUCGGCAUGCAGUUUCGGAAUCGAUGGAUAGAAAGAGGAUGGGGAAGGCGAAACUCAAGGGCGGGGGUGUGAGUGGGCAUCCGGAGGAUGUGAGGUCGAAAGCGCUGCGGAAGAGGACGGGCACUCAGAAUCUCAAGGAAUCUGUUAUCAAACCAGGCAUACAUCGGGGAAGGGGAAAGGGAAGCACCAGCGGAAGAAAAGGCCCUCUUCACCAACUAGUAUAUGUCUCUAACGGACGGGCUAGUUUUAUGACACAUCAGUGUGCACUGGCUGCGCUAUCAAGUAUCAAUGAGAAACAGGAUCUGAAAUACAAGCUUGUUGAUCCACAAGGGUGCAUCUACUGCCCAACUCCAUCCAGCCUCAGGUUCUUCUAUCAUUGCAACUUUGUUGCAAGGCCUGAAAAUGGAAGUGAAGCUGAUGAUACACUCUUUUUUGCGGAAUUAGAGGGGAAACAAGAGGAUAAGACUGGCUGCCAAAUCACCCUCACCCUCCUUUUCUCAUGCGUUUUAGGGCCUUGUGAAUCUGAGGAAACAGAUCCCGACGACUGUGAAUUUUGUGCUGCUCUUCCAGCUUAUGUCAAACAUCCUCAAAGCGGCGGAUUCCACAAGUUUGUUGAGCCUGGUGCCGUUUUAUGGUGAUGGAGUCCGUCUACCUCGGGCUACGAAUAAAAUGAUGCCAUGAAGAUACUACUUCAACCUAGAUGUUUUGUAUCUUUACUUCGGAUAGCUUCAUCAACUGCACUUCCAGUUCAGAGAAGCUUGAUGAACACUUGAUCAGUACUUCAAUAACUUUUAUGACACAAUCUAAAUUACUAUAGCCAAGAUGCGUUGUUAUGAUAUAGUUUUAUUUCAGCCGUUGGUCAGCUCUUAAAUUUGAUCCAGAGUAUUACUAAUGUAAAUAAUGCUACACAAACUUUAUUGAGCAGCUGUCUUGCUUGGGUAACUUGAAAGCCAUUGUUAAAGCUUUUCUGGAUACUCUGUUUUAAAGUAUACCUUGUGUUGGCUAUUUUACACCAAAGAGUCAC